AUGGAGUCGCAAGGUCCUACGGUAAACUCCGUUGCCAUCGUCUUUGCAGUCAUCAGCUUCAUCGCUGUCGUGCUUCGCUUAUGGGCACGAGCCUUUAUUGUUAGAUCAGUGGGUAACGACGACUAUCUAAUUUGCGUGGGCGCUCUACUCUCGUGGUCAUUCAUUGCCUGCACGAUCGCCUCCGUAAAUCAUGGCCUCGGUAGUCACUUCGAGGAUGUUCAGAAGCGAGGCCCAGAUAACCUUACCGCGUACAGUCAAAUUGUUUGGCUAUCGUCUAUCUUUUACAAUGCUUGCCUCGGCUUCAUCAAGAUCUCGGUUCUAGCCCUGUACACUCGUUUGGGUGAUAAGGUACUCCGCAAGACAGCUUUCUUCAUGAUGAUAGUGGUGGGCUGUCAAGCCGGAGGCAAUGUGUUGGCUUGCAUUUUCCAAUGCACGCCAAUUUCAGCAGCCUAUGAUGUUACGAUCCCAGCCACGGAAAAGAAUUGCGUUAACAUCAAUGCAUUCUACCUUGCAAACGCGGCUGUCAACAUCUUCACGGAUAUCCUCACUUACUCGCUGCCAAUUCCAUUGGUAAUAAGACUCCGAGUUCCUCGACGACAAAAGAUCAGCUUGGCCAUCAUCCUUGGUCUCGGACUAUUUGCCUGCAUCUCUUCCAUCAUCCGAAUCACCUACAUCCCUCCCAUGCUCACCUCCACUGAUCCAACGUGGGUUAUCUCCAACGCCAUGUACUGGUCCGUUAUCGAAACCAACAUCGGUAUACUCGCCGCUUCGAUUCCGUCCUAUAAGGCCAUCGCCAAAAAGUAUGCCCCACGUCUUCUCGGGACAAGUGGUAUCUCCAGCAACAAGCUUUCAGGCUUCAAACAAAUGCCUGUUGAGCUGCGAGGAAAUAGUGUGCCAGGUACUGGUGCGCCGAAGACCACCUUUGAGACGAACAUAAAGAAUGGGCUUGACGACAACAGUAGUGAAGAAGUGCUAGUUAUGCCCAACGGCCAGAUUGGUGUCAAGACCGAUAUUGUUUUUCGGUAUGAACAGAACAUGGAGAAUGGACAUGGCUAUGGCGGACGGAUCUAA